CCUUAGGGAAACAGCCUAAGUUACAGUACACAACAAAAGCCAACAUUUCACCUGCGUGCCCAACUGGAGACCUGCAACCACAACACAACAACCUGAAGCCGUUUACUGCAGGAAAUGUGCGUAAUUACGCACGGGACUGAAGGAAUUUAGCGACCAGACGGUGCGUUUAGGCUGUCCUCCGAGGGUUUCUCAUUUUACAGAGGCGAUAUAUAUGCACGACGUCAUCAGUGCAGGCACAGUCAGUCCUCACCUCUCAACUUUGAGCUCACAGUCCUCUGUGUGCACAGGGCAGGAUGGGAUGCUCCACCAGUACCCAAACUUCAGCGGUAGAUACGACUCGACCAAGCGCUAAGCCCGAGGAGAGCAACGGAGUCAGCACUACAGGAGCGGCUAAUGAAAAUGGGAACGUAGCUGAGGACAGUGAAACUAUUCCGGACCAGACACCUGCUGAGGGAAGCGAUGCCAAGCCUGCAGAUGAGCCUGCCGUGACAGCCGCGUCUGCAGACACCACAGCUGCAACUCCACCAGCAGCAGAAGAGUCUCAGGACGCAGCCGGCAGCUCGCCUGAUGACACUUCAGCAGCAGCAGGAGACAGCACCGCUGAGACAGCAGCAAGCUCCUCAGAGGCUGAAGCUCCAGCCCCAGAGCCAGAAAAGGGGGAGGCCGGGGCGACUGACUCAGAGCCCAAAACAGACGAGACACCUGCUCCCAGUGAGUGACGUGCGACAUGACCGACUGCACAGAGGAGUUUAUCUGCAUGCAUGAGUGAAAGUAUGUCCGUGUGUAUGUGUGUGAGAAAGACAUCGUCUUGUUGCCAAGAUCCAGACCCCGUGGAAACCACUUUGAGUCUGGGUGCUCAGUCACCACUGUGCCUUCUUCCUCCUCCUGGAUGUCUGCAGUCUCUCCUCUUAGACUGUGAAUAGAGUUCAACAGCACUUAGGUUUGUUUAUCUGUAACAGGUAGUAAACAGCUGAGAGAAGCUUAGAUUACUAUUUAUUAUCUGUAAUGAAAUAGCACCAUAAACUGUAUGUCCUUAACUUAUUCUUGAAACCUAAGAGUUUGUUUCUGAACUGUUCUAUAAGUCUGUGAAAAAUAAAGCCAAAGUAUAUUAGAUAUUAGAAGAUAUUAUAUUUGUUUUUGGGGGAUGAGGGGUAGCUAGCUUUGAUUUUAUUAUCAUAUUUAAAGUAGGAGAAAAUCUAAGAGGGUUUUUUCCUGAUGUGUCAUGAUUUUUAGUAUUCCCAAAAAUCUGUAAUUAGUAAUAGGCUGUUGAAAAAUUAAAAAGAUCACCUUAAAAUAAAACCCAGUACACAUAUUCUCUGUGUUUUAAUUUGAUGCAGGAUGAAAGCAAACAUGUCACACUGUGUUACAGCAUUUUUUAUUUAUUUAAUGAGUGAAAUUAUCAAACCAGAAGCCAAGAGGAGGUUCAGAUGAUGUUGGGUCUUUUCCAUCCGAGUGUCCAGUCCUACUGGAUCCCUACUCUCUGUUUAAUGAGCAGCCUCUGAGGUGUUAACAAAUUAAUGGGUUUUUUUUUCCAACUUUAAUUUUUAUUAGUUUUAGUUAGUAUUGAAAACGAUACAGUAAAGAAAAUUACAAACAAA